AAAUGUUUACCUUGCAUUUAAUGGAAUUUUACUCUAGAUAUAUAGAUCUAGAUCUACUUACUAACUUAAUAUAUAAAACUAUUUGAAACAUUGUGAUUGAUUAGGCUACUGCUACCUACUGUACUGAGUAAUGGCUUAAUAUAUUCAAAUAAAUAUGGCUGAAGAUGAUUCCCAUGUAAGAGUCUGCCUACAAGAAAUCGUGAAGCUGGAUUUAGAAGCAAAAGCAAUAAUUCAGGACAUUCGUCAAAAUGCAGAAUCUUCAGAAACAUUGGAUGAUUUAAAUGCACAAGGUAGAAAAAAAAUUUCAGAUCUUAGAGAUAAAAUUGCUGAAUUGGAAAGAAUUGGUUUAGAAAAAGAACGGGAUGUAGACAGAGAUGCCAUACUUGUAAAUGUAGAAAGUCUUCGCCAAAAACUUUCAAGAACAGUUUCUAGUCUACGUCAAACCACUGUAAGUUCAAAAGUGGUGUUGGAUAACUAUGCAAGGAAUCAAUUGCUCGCUGGGGCCACACAGCUUAAAAAAAGAACCCAAGGAAACAAAGAAACUUUACUAAAGACAGCCAAUAAUAUAACUGAAAGUUUGAUGAGUUUGAAUCAGACUAUGGCAGAGCAAGUGAAACAGAGUGAACUCAACAAUUCAACUUUAGCCGGCUCAUCUCAGGUUAUCAGUGAUACACAUGAUGAAUUUCACACAAUGGGAGGGCACAUACAGCAUUCUCAACGUCUGUUAACCAAGUAUGGUAGACGAGAAUUCACAGAUCGUUUGCUUAUAUUGUUAGCUCUUGUGUUUUUCUUUGCUACAGUGUUGUACAUCAUGAAAAAAAGGCUAUGGCCAUCAUGAAUAAAAAAAAAUGCUACUUUAAUUAAUAAAAUAUAUAAUAAAUUUCA